AUGGCGGCAAAACAGAAAGAAAAACGCAUCUGUAUAAAAAUGAAUUGGAGUGGCGGCUAUAAAAAUCGUUUCCGAACAAGCUCUGAGGUUCGAAAAACAGCAUUUCAGCAGCAGAGUCGGAUUAUUCUAGUCGACCUCGUGAAGCAUGAAGUGGAUAAUGACAACAAACAAACUAAGCAUAUUCCAGGAAACGAAGAGCAAGAAUAUUCGCUGACUUCACCGACAUCUGAUACAUCAAAUAAUAUACCAAUGCAGCAGUGUGGAACUCCAUUUAAAAAUAUUCCUUGUGGAACUUCUUCUGAUUCUGAAGAAUAUGAAAGUGAUGAAAUAUCACAUACCAAUUACAGUCCUUAUUCCUCAGACCAAGAAAUUGCAGAUAAAGAUAAACCAACCACUUCUGAAGAAAGUACUGCAAAAAUUCAAUCAAGUCUAAUAGUUGACAAGCACAAUAAGAAUUCUGCUGUGGAAUUGGCUGUAGAAACACAGGAAUACUCAUAUUCAGGCUGUGGUUCAUCAAGAAACUUAUUUGUUGGAUGUUCAGCUCCAUCACCUGAUCUAACACAAGAUUUUCACCAUUUAACACAAAGCUUGGGCUUUCUAACUCCAGUCACAAAUUGUAGGAACACUGUUGCUUGCACACCACUUGAUCAUCAUCAUGAACUGAAAGGUGAUUGCUAUUUACUAUACCCAACAGCAGUAUGUAAGGACAAGGUAGUCAUUCAAGAUGACUCCUUUUUUAACACCAUGGCCCAAAGCAACAAUUCUAAAGUUCCAAUACCAGUUGGUGGUCCCACAUGUGUGCUAGCAGACGUUGUUUCAGCUCAGGAGAAGGAACAGCAUUUCUAUUCGCCAUCGCAAGAAAGUACAGAAGUUGAAUACCAAGCUGCUGCCGUAUCUCAAACGAGUCAAGUAAAUGUUCCAUUACCUCAAAUGACCAAUGGAUACUAUAAAGAGCCCGAUGUCAAUGGAGCCAAGGUACUUCAUAAACAUCAUGAUUAUACUAUGCAACUCGUAAGCAAACAAUCUGUUGAAUGUUCAACUCCGUACCUCAACCAAACGUUUAAUUAUCCAACGCCAAACUUAAGCUCUGUAACUCCAAUCAUACACCGCGAGAACGUGGUGUUUUCUACCACAGAUGGCUGUCAAUUGGUACCAGGCGGUAGUUUUAAACUCCAGAAAUCGCCAUUCUCAACCUCAGUUAACAAGGAUAGCUUUAAAAUUAACCAGACAGCUCAUUUUCGAGACAUUUCCGUUUUAAGCAAUCCAACACAACGAGAUAAUGACAACACUCACAAUCAAGUCAAUGGCUCAAUGUUUGUCCCAGUAGACGUCAUCCCUGCUCAGCGUAAGCAAGUGCGUUUUGCAUCGUCUAUUCCUGUUCAUAAAAUGAAAAUUCUCGUAACCUAUAAAUCUUCCCCUAUUGAUGGAAUAUCGCAGAUUGAAACGGAAACGCCAAGCCAGCCACCUAUGUAUGAUGGCAUUAGACAGACGUCGACUUUGUUUGAACGGCGUCCUUUAGUUUCACACUCUAAUAAGACAGAAGACCCAAACACAGCAACCACACAAGGACAGCUUUACCAAGAAGAAGCCCCUGCCAUGCAUGUUGCUAACUCCAAACAGGCACCUGGAAAAAUGCAAAAAAUAUUAUCCGUUACGUCCCCUAGUCCUCUUGGUGUAGAAAACGAAAAGAUUGGCGACAAAUUUCCUAUCAGCAACAAUAAUAUUAGACCAAUGACUGCAACACGAAAAAGAAAACGGCUUUACGCUCCAACUUGGAAUACUGAAUCCUCAUUUGUCAAGAUACUAAACUCCAGGAAAUCCCAUUAUGGACGUGUUCACUACUGUCACUGUCGCACUGUAGUUCGAAAGCUUAAAAUUCGUGACGCCCAAACUCAGACUUCUCCUUAAUGUGUUUCCAUGUGCUUUAGUUGGAAGUCGAUCUUCCAUACAUUUUGAACACUAAAGUUUUUCAACUACUUUAUUUCGGUAUAUGAAAAGAUCUUCAGAUUCAUUCGCAUUUGAUUUAUGGUUUAUUUUUUCACGUUUCGGUGUUGUCCAGCAUAAAAUGUUUCGGCAAAAAAAAAAAAAAAAAAUCUUACACAGAAGCAAAUGAUAAAAAAUUAAACAUGUUACGAAGUUUUAGUGUUACCCAUGACAGCAUUAGCGUUUUUUGGUUUUGCUUUUUCUCAUUAACGAAUCAGCAAAUUUAUAUUCCACGCCUUAAAAGAAAUAUAUUAUUAGUUUGAAACAUUUUGA